GACAUGUAUGCUGCCGGGAAGAAGGCGGGAACAUGCGUCAGUGCCUGGCUCAGGGGCCUCGGGUAGACCUUGGCUCCUCUGCUGUUCCAUCACAAGGGAGGGGGAUGUCCAGGAGGGGGAGGACCCAAACUUACCUGGAUGUCCUAUGUCUUAUAUAUUCUGGAAGCUGUGCAAAUGCAGGGAUGGGAGUAGACAUUCUGCUGGGGUGGGGCUGGGUUGGUUCCCUCAGACUCUGUGGAGCUCUGCAAUGCUGCUGCUUUGGGCCCUGGCAGGAUGGGCUGGGGUCUCCAUGACCUGGGUGGCAUUUUGGCAACAGAGGUGCCAAUUGGGGCCAGUGGGGGAGCUGGCUCCCUGGAGGGCUUAAGUCCAGCCAGCCAUUCCUCCCCAUCCCCACACAUUUUUCUACUCCUGCUCCCUCACAUCAUCACACAAACAUACACAUAGGACAUUGGGGGUGGAUAAGUCAGGGGUGCGGGCCGGGUAUGGACCCCAUUUCUGCAUUCCUGUGGCAACCUGCCCCCCAAUUUUAUUUGCACCUUAAACACUUCCACCAAUGACAUUCCAAAUAAACACACAUUUAGGGCCUUGGGAGUGAGCACAUUCAACUGCAUUUGGCAGGGGUAUUUCUCAGCCUCCUCCCGAGUGCCGGUGCCCACUUCCAAUUUUAAACUGCACUUAGACACUGAGGGUUGUGGGGGGAAGAGGGGUGGAGUGGUGGCAUCAGCUGGCAUCGGCCAGACGAUACCCGCACUGCCCGCUCACCACAGCCAUGGAAUACACCUCAUCAACACACACUAACACUAUAUUGGAGCAGGUGGAUGGAGACUAGGGGUCUUAGCACACCUCUGUUGUCGCUUGGCCUCCUGGGGCUGGAGGCUAGGAGGGAGAUCCGGCCAUCUGGUUGGGGUCUGGGGUGGUGGAUUGCUGUGCUCAGCGUUGGGCGGGGAGGCCUGCUCAUCAGCACCCAAGCAGAAAGGGUCGAACUCUGGGAACCGGUAAUGGUUGUACCCCAUGUGCAGCAGUACCGGGACCAGAGUGAACAGGGUGUGUAUGGGGAGCAUGAAUGGAUGUCCGGCGUGUAUUUUUGUAAGUCUUUGGUUGUAUGUGUAUGUGUGAGCAUGAGGGAGGGAGUGUGUGACUGUGUUUGUGUAUGACUGUAUAUGUCAGGUGGGGCCUUUGACUCCUCCCUUCUCCUGGGACUUCUUUUGAUGAUAUAGAUCUUCGCUUCCCCUCCCCCCUGCCACACUUGGCCCUAUAUAUAUAUAUAUACACUCAACAAAAAUAAAAAUGCAACACCUUUGUUUCUGCUCCAAUUUCUGACCCUCAUUUACACCAGGUGCAGACUGGAUCAGGGUUGUUGAUUGUGGCCUGUGGAAUGUUGGUCCACUCCUCUUUGAUAGCUGGGCGAAGUUGUUGAUGCUGUCAUAUGUACCAAUCCAGAGCAUCCCAAAUCUGCUCAAAGGGUGACAUGUGCAGUGGGUAUGCUGGCCAUGCAAGAACUGGAAUGUUUCCAGAAUUUGUGUACAGUCUCACAUAAACUACAAAUUAAAAACCAAAGAUAAGCUGAGAAGCUCGGAUAUCGUCUAAUUCUCUCUCUCUCUCUCUCUCUCUCUCUCUCUCUCUCUCUCUCUCUCUCUCUCUCUCUCUCUCUCUCUCUCUCUCUCUCUGUGUGUGUGUGUGUGUGUGAGAGAGAGAGAGAGAGCGUGUUUAUGUGGGAGUUAGAAUAGAAAAAAACUCACACUACGCACUACAAGCUCUGAGAUCGCUCUGCAGAAAUGGUGUACUCAGAAAUGUGUGGGAAUUCUUCCACCUACUGGAAUGGAAAGGAGUGUGUUCUAUGUGAUGUAAAGCCAGGGCAUGAUGUCACCCCUAAUUGUGGCCGCAAUGACCACGGUGGGUAUCAUGAUGACGCUCACACAAAAUGCAAACCCAACACUUUUAAUGAUGGCUCCGGUCCUUAUUGUCGAAACUGCUCCUCGUGCAAACCUGGGAAUUUCAUCGAGAAAAACUGCACGACAACUACUGACACUGUGUGCUCUGAGUUAAGAACCACAACGAUUCCUGUCACAACUCAGACACACCAGAGCUUCCUGACAUCACAACAAGAUAAUGCGUCUCCAAAAGUUUCUGUUGCUUUUUGGGCCUUACCUGUUGUUUUCUUCAUGCUGCUCAUCACAUGUACGCUGUUAAUCCUCAGAAUGAAAGGAAAAAGAGGUCAGUGCACAAAGAUGUGCUUUAAAAAAAGACCCUCUUUUGCAAAUCAAGCUUUCCAUCCCAUCGCCUUUGCAGCGGGGGACAAUGAUCUGGAAGACCUUCUCAAUGAGAACAUCCGGUCAGCACCUUUACAGACUGUGCUGGACAAUCUGGAUGUGCUGGAAGAGCUGGUGAUUUUAUUGGAUCCAGACACUCGAGGACUGAAGAACACGAAGCACCUGGCCUCCCACUGCUCCUUCCCCUCCACUUGGAUCACUUACACCUACUCUAUGAAGGACAGUAAGAGCCCCCUGAGGGCUGUGCUGGAGGGGCUCACCAGCAGGAACCCUGACUGGACGGUGGGCCACCUGGCCAAGCUGCUCAGACAAAUAGAUCGCAAUGACGCUGUUGUGGUUCUUGCCAAACUCAAGCCCAGUCCACAUGUGCAACUGGUUCUUUAGAAGUUGUUUGCCCUCUCCCUAUAUCCAGGUAAAAGUUACGGGCUCUUUCCUUUUUUCUUUUACAAACUGCAGUGUUCAAAAGUACGUGACAAGUAAAAUUCCCUUGCAUGCGAGGUGGUAGCUAGUCGACGAUCCUGUAUGUGCUACUUUCACAGCCGGUUGUGCUUUGAUUUCCAUCACUGCCGCUUCCAGCUAAGUCAGCGAAUGGCUUCACAAGAGCGUGCAGAUGAACAAAGCUCCUUCAAUGAUAGAAGCAGAGCAGAUUUAUUUCUGCAGGCUGUCCAUGAUAAAAACAUUAGUGCUACACAUGGAGUGCUAAGAGUUUGGCCAAAUGACUGUUGAUACGGUGAAAAACAAGAAAGACUCAAAAGUUUAAACUCAAUCAGUGGAAAAGGAAACAUCCUGACCUGAUCAGAAGAGACGCCCUGUUGGCUGUCCUGUCUAGUCUCGGUGGGAGGGUGAGAUGGUUGUGGAAGCAUGCUGCAGCCACUCGAAGAACAAACAAAAACAAAGUCGUAUCGCACCAAAGAUUAGAAACUUGAAAUUGCUGGCAAUUUGAAAAGUGGAAAAAAAAAACAUUUCAUUGGAAGAAAAGUAUUUUAAGAGCCUGUGUGUGUUAAAAGUAACCAUUAGAUGACUUUUGUAUUAUGCAGAGGACACUCACUCAGAAAUGAAAUAAAGAAUUUGACAUAUUAACCAAAGGUUUUCAUAUGGAAUUUUUUGUCAUCUAAAUAAUGACUUAAAAUGUAAAAAAAAAACUUGAGUUAUAAUGGGUUGUGUGUGUUUUAUUACUUCUAAACUGUAGCAGUGACAGAUCUCAAGUUGGCAUUUUCCAUGUUAAUGAAAAUACAUGAAAUGGCUUUUUUUUGUCUGAUGGCAUCAACAGCCUUCCAUACAUGACAUGCAGUGAGAAAUAUUUUUCUCCUACACACACACACACACACACAGAAAGGUAUGUUUUAUAUGUAUGUUGCUUCCACCUCAGCAAAACAACCAAAGGGAUCACAUAAUGUGAAGUUGAUUUUUCCUCCACUGUGAAAGAGUAUAAAGUAUUAUGCAUACAGUAUUAUUUCAGGUUCUUGGUGCCUUUGUGUUUAUCUAAUUCCAACAUGUUUGUUUUUACAGAAUAUUGCAAAGUUUUUAUUGUCUUUUUAAUGUUUUACAAAUGUAAAAAGAACAAAACAUUUUGUUCAUAAAACUCUUCAGCAGUUUGAUGACAUGUUUGCUGUUUUGGCAGCACGAGGCUUCAGUAAAUACCGGCGGUUACAGAUGUUAACAGCUAGCGGUUUGUUAGAGGAAACAUCGGUUUUUGGUUCCUCCCUCUGCCUCUGUUGUUGAUGACUGAGUGAAACAACAAGAGUGCCUCUGUUGUUUUUAUACUGACAUCCUUGUAACUGGCACAAUUCCUACAAAAAUGUAAAACUUACUUAAAGGGACUAUAAGGAAGUUUGACAGCCAAAACAUGUAUAGAAAUAAUAAAUGUCUUCUUCAUACAUUC